AGUAUCAGAGUUGAGUUUAAUGUACGUUUGACCGCCUACCUACACCGAAUAUUAUAUUUGUUAUUGAUACAUUUUACUAUUAGUAUACCUACUUGCAACGAUGGCUAGACUUUUGAUGUUAUCGUCUGUGAUUUUGCUUAGUGCUUACCUAACGGAACAGGUACAUUUUCUUCAACCAGAGUACAUCAAUAAACUAAAUGAAGAAAUAUCGACAUGGAAGGCAGGAGAAAAUUUUCCUCCCGAUACUCCUAUUGAAUAUUUAAAAGGGUUAUUGGGAUCUCACGGUGUAGAAGCUGCAGCCAAAGGUCCAUUCAAGACCCAAGAUUCCAGCUACAACUCUUUCGAGCAUAUUCCCGAACAUUUUGACGCCAGAAAAAAAUGGAAGCGUUGUAAAACCAUCGGCGUGAUUCGCGACCAAGGAAAUUGUGGUUCAUGUUGGGCCUUUAGCACAACUAGUGCGUUUUCCGAUCGGCUGUGUAUUGCCACAGACGGUGAAUUCAACGAACUCUUGUCAGCUGAAGAACUGACGUUCUGCUGUUAUAGGUGUGGUUCUGGGUGUCGAGGGGGAUUACCCAUUAUGGCGUGGGACUAUUUCAGAAAGAACGGUAUCGUCACCGGUGGUGGCUAUGGCAGCAAACAGGGAUGUCUGCCAUACUUUGUCCCACCUUGUCUUCACGGGGUUUCGGCAGAACAAGAAGGUGCUUGUCGGAGCCAACCGAUGGAGAAGAACCACAGGUGCACUAAAAAGUGUUACGGAAACACCACAAUCGAUUACAAAGAAGACCACAGAUACACCAGGAACGCGUACUACCUUAAACCAGACAACAUUCAAGAAGACGUUUUGGCUUACGGUCCGGUAGAAGCGACUUUUGAAGUAUACGACGAUUUCAUCAAUUACAAAUCGGGUGUCUAUGAAAAAUCGGAAAAUGCUUCGUACUUGGGAGGUCAUGCCGUAAAAUUGAUCGGAUGGGGUGUGGAGAAUGAAACUCCAUACUGGCUGUUGGUGAACUCGUGGAAUAAAAACUGGGGAGAUCAGGGAACGUUCAAGAUCCGAAGAGGCACAAACGAAUGUAGAAUCGAGAACUCGAUGACAGCCGGUGUGCCCAUUACUGACUAAAAGAUUAACCCAUUUGCAUAUAAUAUUACUUAUAUUGUAUGAUAAAUAACUUAAUGUGUACAUAAUAUGUAAAAUGGUUAAUAAUUAAAGACAACAUUUAAAUCAAUCAAACAAUUGAAAAUUAAGGCUCAGUAAAUUACCAAGUGAAAAAAUUGAGUACUUGCUAAAAACGUUUUGCAGCAUACAUACAUUCUGACACAAUAUUCAAUGGUUAAUUUAUUUAGUUUUUUUAAUAGUAUUUUUUUGCAGUACCAAAUGCUGCAUUUCUUAGAGUGCAUCGAUGUCUCGAUUUUUGAUUACAUCAUAAUUAUGAUUAUUAUUCUAGGACUAUGAUUUAUGUGUUGUUUAGGCAGUUAAUUAUGUUUAUUUUAUGAUAUGAGCCAAGGCAAUAUCUUAAGUGUCGUUCCAUGUGAAUUUACCUAAUGUGUGUGCGACUAUUGU